CCCAACCCUGCUCGGAGUUCCCCUUAUUGCCAAACCCAAACACGCACUUUCCUUCUUCCCUUUCUCUCCAAGUCCGCUCUUUCUCACUGAUCAUUUAGAUCCAAUCCGAGUUCGUGUCACUUUCCCGGGAAAAUCACAGAACGAAAAAGGAAAAACACUUUCCCGGAAGGAGAAAAGAUGUCGCACAGCGACACGGUACCGCUUCACCCAUCGUCUCAAUCCGACAUCGACGAGAUCGAGAAUCUAAUCAACGCCAGCGUCCAAUCGAGUUCCGCCACCGUCCUCCCUGCCAGACCACCCAGCCCUCCUAGGGCUUCGAUCCCGGUCUCUUCGUCCCCCUUCAUACAAUCCAAUCUUCCGCCUACGCCAGCUCCUUCGUCUUCGACCAAUAAGAAACCGCCAACUGUCCCCAUCGCGCCUCCGCUUCCCACCUCGAGCAAUGGGAACCCGAGCAUUGCCUCUACCGGGUUCGGUUCGGGGCCUAACACGCUGACGGAGCCCGUUUGGGAUACGGUGAAGAGGGAUCUGUCGAGGAUCGUGAGCAAUUUGAAGUUGGUGGUGUUCCCGAACCCAUUUCGUGAGGACCCCGGAAAGGCUUUGAGGGAUUGGGAUCUUUGGGGCCCUUUCUUCUUCAUUGUGUUUCUGGGACUUACCCUUUCGUGGUCUGCAUCGGUUAAGAAGUCUGAGGUAUUCGCCGUUGCAUUUGCUCUACUAGCUGCUGGUGCUGUAAUUUUGACAUUGAAUGUACUGCUCCUGGGCGGGCAUAUAAUUUUCUUCCAGAGUCUGAGCCUGUUGGGUUACUGCUUGUUCCCUCUGGACGUGGGUGCCCUAAUUUGCAUGUUGAAGGACAAUGUGAUAGUGAAAGUGAUUGUGGUAUGUGUGACACUGGCAUGGAGUUCCUGGGCGGCUUACCCUUUCAUGAGCUCAGCAGUCAACCCAAGGAGAAAAGCCCUUGCACUAUACCCAGUUUUUCUCAUGUAUGUAUCUGUUGGCUUUCUUAUCAUUGCCAUUGAUUGAUGCAUUAAUGCUUAAAAAUCAGUACUAAAAAGGGAUUUGGUUAAAGCCAAAUUGAAACAUAAAAUGUUGUUACAUAGAAAUUUUUAUGUGCUGAGUAAUCUUCUCUUUCGUGUCAACUGUAUUUUUUUGACUUUUUGAUAUGUUUGGGAGCUCAAUUUGCCUAAUAGAAGAAUAUACUAGUUUGUAUCAAAUUUUAUUAAA